GGUUGUCAGCCGGUUAUCAUAUUUUUUUUGUACGCCCCUCGGCUUCUCUACGUCGCCUACAUGCUUCAGAAACAACAAACGUAGCGUACAGGGCGAUUUGUCUCUGCAGCAGUGGCCGUCAAGUGUGAGGUCAAAGGUCAACCUCAUGUGCUGUACAUGGAUGUGUUUGUCAGAUAGAGGAGGGCGACAUGACUCUGACCAGAGGCUCCUUCACCUACGCUACUGGAGAGGAGUACCAUGGCGAGUGGAAAGAAGGUCGGAGGCAUGGUGUCGGCCAGCUCAAGUUCCAGGAUGGAACCUGUUUCUCAGGGCAGUUUGAAGACGGACUCUUCCAUGGCGCCGGAGUGUUGCUUUUUACGGAUGGGUCCAGGUACGAGGGGGAGUUCGCACAUGGAAAGUUUCAGGGUCUGGGAAUCUUCAGUCGUUUUGACGGCAUGAAGUUUGAGGGAGAAUUUAAAGACGGACGCGUGGAGGGAUACGGACUGUUGACAUUCCCGCAUGGAACACACGGCAUUCCACGGAACGAGGGCUUGUUCCAAAACCAUAAACUCCAAAGGCGAGAGAAAUGUCCCGGCGUGGUGCAGAGGGCACAGGCGUCGGCCACCAAUGCUCGCAGUGUUGCUCUUUGACUCUCACUAACCUCGACAUCCAUGUGAUGGUUUUUGCUUGUUCUAGGAGUGCCUCAGGGAGGUGUACUCAAACCCCCCACACCCCGCCCCGCCUUGCUCCUUCUCCUUCAUGUCACUUCUUUUCAGAAUCAGAAUCCUCUUUAUUUCCCAAGUAUGUCAAAAACAGGAAUUUGUCUCCAGUAGUUCGAGCCGUUCUAGUACGACAAUAGGCACUAUUUUUGAGACAUAAAAACAUAAAAACACAGUCUCACUUAGCCUCUAACAAUUUAAUGGCAAGAGGGAACAAGCUGUUGGAAUGUCUGCUGGUUUUAGUUUGCAUUGAUUUAUGGAUUUACGGACCACACAAAAUCACACUUUUACAUCAAGGUUUCUCUACUUAGGAGUCACACACUUAUUAACAGUGUCUAAUAGUUAGCUAGUCGAAACCAAAACAACAAGUGGAGUUUAUUUCAAACAUUAGCCUACGACUACUAGCCUACUGACUAUUAGGGCCACACUGAAAUGAACUACAAGGAUAAAGAGGUCGAAAUACAAGAAUAAAGUUAUAAUAUUACUACAAUAUCCCUGGCCCCGCCUGUGUGGAGUUUGCAUGUUCUCCCCGUGCCUGCGUGGGUUUUCUCCGGGCACUCCGGUUUCCUCCCACAUCCCAAAAACAUGCAUUAAUUGGAGACUCUGAAUUGCCCGUAGGUGUGAAUGUGAGUGCGAAUGGUUGUUUGUUUCUAUGUGCCCUGCAAUUGGCUGGCAACCAGUUCAGGGUGUAGCCCGCCUCCUGCCCGAUGACAGCUGGGAUAGGCUCCAGCACGCCCGCGACCCUCGUGAGGAGAAGCGGCCCAGAAAAUGGAUGGAUGGAUGGAUAUUACUACAAUAAAAGCUGAAAUUUUACAAGAAAAUGGCAGAAUUUUACAAGUAUAAAGUUAGAAUAGAGAGCGAAAGAUGGAGAGAGAAAAGCAUAACUUUAUGAGAAUAAAUGUACAUUUUUGACUAAAUUCGUUACACAAAAAAAAUUAAAAAAAAUUUUAGUAGUAUAUUUGUAAUAUUAGAAGAAUAAGGUCAUAAUACAACAAAAAAAGCUUUACUGUAUGAGAAUGAAGUAACUUCAUUCUGAUCAUGACAAAAAUUCUGAAUUUAUCAGAAAAAAAGAUCAAAUGUAAUUUUACCAGGGAAAAUUGCCAUUUCACAAGAAUAAAAAUCGUAUUACAAGAGAAUUUCAUUUUUAAAUUUUAAGGAGUUAUAAUCUUUUUAAUAUUUUUUUUAAAGAAUAAAUUAGAAAUUCAGAAAACUUGGAAUUUCAUGAGAAUAAAAUUCUGUGAUAACAAGAAAAACAUAUUACUUUAAAAUAAAAGUUGUAACUCGAUGAGGCGAGUCUUAAUUUCAUGAGAAAUUUCCUGUAAUUUUUCCUUGUAAUUUCUUUUCAGCAUGGCCCCUAAUACUCCUGCCUACUGCAGUAAAAGACAAUUUGCUUUUCUAAUUUUCACUUGCCUAUUUAUUAGUUCUACCUAACGUAAAAUGAUGUGCAAUAAUACAACAGCCCUGCAAUAAAGAUUUUUUCCUUUUUACCAUUACCAAGAAGGCGUUGUUGCACAUCAAGAGAAUGUAAUUCAGUGAAAGUUUUUUUUUUUUAAAUAUACAUACAGCAAAUAGAGGAAAUAAUACCCUAACCUUAUGAUCUCUAUGAUGGAAUGGGGUGUUGUUUUACAUUACCAAGCAAGCUGACAUAGAGUUAACUUAAAACAACUCUGCAGUGAUAUAUCUCCAUUUUGUCCAAGGAAUGCUUUUGCUUCUUUUCACUUUUGCCUUAAAGAUGUUUUUUUUUUUUGGGGCACAACAAGCUCAUGUUAUCAUCAACUCCUCCUCUGCAUCGUUGGCAUCAUCAGCGCGUGUGAGUGUGCGUGUCACACUAAUGGAUUUGUGGUGUGUAUUUGAAGGCCGCCUUCACUUUGACAGACACGUUGCUAAGAUGCGACUGCGGUGAGCCAAGCAGCACUCGCUCAACUCUCUGUGGAAAAGACUGCCGAGAGGAUUGCAUUGUACAUCGUUCACAAUAGACGCACUGCUUAUAAAGAUAUCUUCAAACUUGAUGUAAAAAAAAAAAAAGCCUUUAUUCCAGGACCUAAACUGAGGCAGCUAGUUUUUGUGUUUUCUGUGAGGUGCACAGUGAUUGUAUUGACUUGGACCUACUGUACUGUACUGUAUAUCAGAUGCAUUGAGAUGUAGUGCACACAGGCCACAUCACAACUAGUGUGUGAUGACAAAUGGGCCUUAAAAAGUGUUUGACAUGUUUUGUGGUUGCCUGCUUCCAACCUCCAACCAAAGAGACGAUCCAGUGAUACAAUAACAGUGAUACAUUAAGUGUGAAUCAUAUAAACACAGAAGUAAUAGUUUUUUUUUUUUGUAAUAGUCCAAACACACACACAAUAAGAAAUCAUUGCAGACACAAAUUACAUUAAAUUGAUUAGCUGUAUAUGUUCACAAAGUACUUCGCAUAUUACUGUUGUAUUAAUUACAGCAAUAAUUUAUGAGGGUAAAAAAAAAAAAAUUCUAUAUAAGCUCCUAUGUUAGUAGAAUUAGUGUGCCCGAGAGUCCAAUUGUAAAGAUUGGGUUGGAAAAAUGCCAAGUGGUGCAUGUUUCCAAAAGCACACCAGGAUCAUUUAAUAUUCCCCCUGCAUGUGCAAUUUGAGCUGUUUUUUAAAUUAUUUUAUUUCAUUACUUUUUUUUUAGUGUGUUACCAGCUACAACAACAAUAAGAAAAAGAAGCAUGUACGGUGCUUUAACAACGCAGUGCCUCACCAGACAUUCACCUGCCAGGCAAAUAUCAUUGCCAUGGUUACGGCUUUUUUUAAUUUUUUUUCCUUUAACAGUGACAACAUAACAUGUCUGAGAGAAAAGUGCUGUACAGGAAAAAGUAUGUGGCACAUAUGUGAUAAAGGGAUAUUCAGUAAAGUCUUGUAUUGAAAAGAAACGUGUGUGGUUUUGGCUACAUUAAGCUUUAGUCGGUUUUUGUUUGUAUUUUCUACAAAUUUAAUUAAAAAAGCAUUUAUAUAUACAGUAGUGGUGUAAAAAAAAAGUAUUUGCUCCCUUCUGAAAUUCUUAUUCUUUGCAUAGUUUACCCACCUAAAUGUUUAAGCUCAUCAGACAAAUGUAAAUAUCAGUCCAAGAUAACCCAAGUAAACAUAAAAUGCAGUUUUUAAAUGGUAUAUUUUAUUUAUUAGGGAAAAAUAACUACUCAAAGCCACCUGGCCCUGUGUGAAAAAGUAAUUGCCCCCUACACCUAAUAAAUCGUUGGGCCAUCCUCAGCAGCAAUAACUGAAAUCAAGCGUUUUAUAUAUAUAU